UACCACAAUCCAGAAAUAAUAAACUGUUCUUAUUAUUCUUACUUGUGUAUUGUGUUACUCUUAAAAUUAGGAAAGAAAGAAGUAGAUCUUAGUUUUCAUAGAUAGACCCCAGACAUAAGAAAGAUGUAUAUUUGCAACUGAUUGCUUCUUUUUUUUCACAAGACGUUUGUCCCUGUCAAGCAUUGGAGAAGCCCUCAGAAAGGGGCAAUACCACCGAUUGGACAGAUAUCAAGAAGAUAUUUUUGCAAUCUUGGAAAAGGCUAGAGAGAUCAGCCGUUCAGAUACAGAGAUGUAUGAUGAUGCAGUGGAGUUACAGCAGUACUUUGUGAUUCAGAGGGACAAGCUGUGUAAGGAUGGAGAGAGGUUUGUUUCUCCAGCCCUUGUUGUUAUCAAAAGGCACCUUCUUCAAGAGCUGGAUGAAGAAAGAAAAGCAAAAAUUGAAGCUGAAGGCAAGGAAGAUGAAAAGCAAAGGGAGCUGGAGAGAAGAGAGGGAAAACAACAGCUUCAGGUGCCAGUUAGUGAUGAAGCUUGUGAACUUGAACUGACAUACAAAGAUAUUCAAAUACAUGUUGGAGACUUUGUGUUCAUAGAACCAAGGGAUGAAAAACUUCAGCCGCAUAUCAUAUCAGUGGAAAAGCUUUACAAAGAUAGUAAUGGUGAGCAGUGGCUUUUUGGGAGUUGGUUCUAUCGGCCUGAGGAAACUUUUCAUACUGCCACACGGAAGUUCUUGGAAAAGGAAGUGUUUAAAAGUGAUUACUGUACUUCUUCGAACUUGAAGCAAGUCCUAGGAAAAUGCUAUGUCAUGUUUGUUAAGGACUACUUCAAGCAAAAACCUCAGAAUUUCAAAGACGAGGAUGUGUUUGUGUGUGAAUCAAGAUACAAUGUCAAAACAAAGUCAUUCAAGAAGAUGAAGGUGUGGUCUGUAUCUACAUCCAGUGUUAAUCAUGUUACAAGAGAAGAACCUCUUCAGCCCAAACGUAUUCCAACUGUUUUUGACAACAACACCAACAACAAGGUAGAGCCAAUGGGAAUUAAUGAAGUGGAAGGUUCAGUUCAUGAAGAUGUAAAAAAGAAUGUUGUUUUGGAAUCUCCCCAAAAUUCUGAGGAAGGAUGUAUAUAUUAUGAACAGCUUUGUGUUAGAGAUACUCCUUAUAAGCUUGGUGAUUGUGUGUAUGUCAGAUCUGAUGAAGGAUAUUUGUGCAUGUCCAGGAUUGAUAAAAUGUGGACAGACAAAAAUGGACAAACAUGGUUUCAUGGUCCAUGGUUUAUCAGUCCUGCCAGUACUCAGCAUUUACCAACAAGAAUGUUUUAUGAAAAAGAAGUGUUCCUGAGUUCUUUAGAGGAAACCAUGCCAGCUGAGUACAUUGCAGGAAAAUGCUGUGUACUUCCAUUCAGAGAAUAUGUUAGAUGUCGGCCCACAGAAAUACCCGAGAAAGACAUUUAUCUUAAUGAGGCUCGUUAUGAUGAGGAGGAAGGACAAUUCAGAAAGCUGAAAGGACUGAAGCGCUAUACUUUGACUGUGAGUGUCCAAGAAGAUGAAUACUAUUUCUUUGAAAAGCCAAUCACCCCAGGGAAGGUCCCCUCGCCUCUCCUGAUUGAAGACUUGGAUCUAUUAGAAGAUGAGCGCAGUCAUUCUUCUGCUUUGAGUUCAGCUGAUUCAACAGGCGAUACCACCAAGAAACCUAAAAAGCAGAGAGGUCAGUCAGGGUACCUUUUAUUUUCUCAUGAGAUGAGAGCAUCUAUCAGAAAGGAUCAUCCAGAGUAUGCGUUUGGAGAAAUAAGUCGCAUCAUCGGAGUUGAGUGGCGUAACAUCAGUGCACAGAAGAAAGCAGAGUAUGAAGCUAGGGCCCAAAUGCAGCUAUCCCAAAGUGAUGCUGAGGGUGCAGCAGACAGCAGUCAUGUGUUACCUACUGGCCCAGUGCUAGCUUAUGAGUGUUUGUGGAGAGGAUGUGAUUACCAGUAUGAGGAUCUACAAGACUUGAAAAUACAUUUGUUAGACAGCACAUGCCAUCUUCGUAAAUCAGAGGAUGGUUUUUUCCAUUGCCUGUGGACUACGUGUACCAGGGAGCGCCGAGGAAUGAGGCCAUUUAAUGCCAGCUCUAAGCUAUUCAGACAUUGCAGAGAGGUGCAUUUAGCAGGGCAACCAAAACAAAUUACCCAGCAACAAAGAAGCAAGAACUACUUCCCAAAACACCAGGCAGCAUUGAUUGUAUCCAGUCCAGAGCCCACAACUGUGCAACGCACAACUGGCCCCACUGUUAAUGUCCCCUCAAUGAGCUCUAAUGGAGCACCAACUCACUUGAUGGGAAUGAUCCCUGGGGGAAAUCAGUUUGCUCAGUCAAGCAAUCAAAUUCAAACUUCCAAUCAGAUUCAAACCAAUGCUUAUAUUGGAGGACGGCUCACACCACAAGCCAUGCAGCAAGCACUUUAUCAAGGUAAUACUGGAGUGAGUGCCAUGACUAGUCCACCAGCACAAGGCAUGCUACAUGGUAUGACACAACAAGCAGUGACACAACAAGUGCCUGCCACAGGUCAAAUUGGAGGCUUUCCUCAACAACAACAACAGCAGCAAGUCAAACAACAAUACAGCCCUGCACCACAGCAACAACAGUUUAACUUCCAACCACAGAUCAACCAGAUCAACAGCAUACAGCAGCACUACCCUCAACAGGUACAACAACAACAACAACAACAACAACAACAACAGCCUCAACAACAACCACCACCACCACCACCUCAACAACAGCAACAGGUCAUGCCACCAGUCCAUGUCCAGCCUGUGCCACCCGUCAAGGAAACACCUUCACCCAUAUUCCUCGCUCCACCUCCUAAGCCACAACGACUGCAUCACUCCGAUGCCUACCUGAGGUACAUUGAAGGACUUCGUGACGGCAGUCCACAUAUGAGCAACUGGAACCAAGCACAUAAACCUGAUGCAACUAGUAUGACCCCUCAGCAACUGGCCCAGCUACCAAUCCAGUGGCUGGGUUGUGGCUAUGGUGACUAUGAAAAUGCUGUUGAUGCAUUAUGGAAUUUAAGAGAUCACAUGCUCAGGGAUGCUCUAUUGCUGUCCAGGAUGACUGAACAUUAGAUCAGUUCAAAGCUUUCUAAUGUACUCUUCUCUAACUAGGUUAUUUGUCACGUGCAUAGCUUGGGUUGACAGCAGAAAUCACUGAUCAGUUUUCUUUAGUUCAUUGCAUAGUUUUCUGUUUGAUACAUUCAUACAUACAUGCGAAAGGUUAUGUAAGAGGUAAUUAUUAAAAGAAAAUUGUAGCAUUCUUGUAGCAAGUCAGGUUACCUUUUUUUUUUCAGAGAACAGUCUGAAAUUUUGGAAAUCAAAGUGUUUUGCCAGUGUUUGAUGUCCAUUGGUUUUUACCUUACCUGUUAUAGUUUAGUAUCUCGCUUGUUAUCAUAUUUCUUUUACAUUGUCAUUGUGUUGAUGUAUUAGUUUUGUGCAAGGACGCUAGGUUAUGUCAUUCCGUCACCAGUGAGAAUGUAAAGAAAAUGUAAUUGGCAAUGAUUCUAUUUUAUUUGACACGAGUGACACUUGCAUCUGCCUACUACUGUUUAUUUCAUUUGAUCUGUGUUACAAGGGUUUUUUGCAUUACAUCUGGGUCAUAGGUGACUCGCUAUAAUAUCUCAUUCCUCUGGACAGUUUUCUAGUGAAAGGAAAGCUCGUCAAGUGUUCAUCAAAAGAGGUUUUUUCUAAUUGCAAUAAUAAUCUGACCAAGUAAUCCUGCCA